AUUUCGAGAACCAUGGGUAAUUCAAGUGUCAAGGGCAUCAAGAUGAUCGAGUCUAUCUAUCCCUCCGAGGAUGGGAGCAGCGUGUUCGAUAAGAUGCCUAAACUCAAGGCAAAAUUGGACAGGGAAUACGCGAAGGGGACAAUCAAGUUCACGGAGACAGAAGAAGAGCCUAUUGAUGGAGACUUGGACGCAGUCAUAGAUAGCGCCAUAAAAGAAGUCUGGUGUACAUACGACCCAAAAGGAACAGGCCUUAUGGACAAGAAGGCCGCAGAAAAGUUCUUCAAGGAUGCAUUGCAAGUUUAUGCAAUUCGCCAGGGCGGAAAAACCGAAAAGGAUGCGAUUCCAAAAGGAGUCAAUUCUAGCGAUGCUAUGAAACAGAGCAUUGCGAUUCUGAACAAGAAGGGAACUGGACGCACCAGUCAGCAAGAGUUCGAAGACUUCGUUCGAACUUAUGACAUCGAAGAAGCACUAGGCCACUUUCUAGGAAAGACCGAUGGAGUUGUGAUUGAUUUUACAAAGGCCGUUUUCAUUGAUGUUUCUCAAUUCCAUACGAAACAAGCAGACAUCAAACCAGUUUAUCGAGAUUAUCCAGACGACUAACUCUCUCCCCUGUUAAUAAAAAACUUUUGUUCCGUUGUUUUUUUUAGCGCGGACAUUUUUCAGAAUUCGGCAUUAUUUUCUCUCACUUCGAAGCCGGAGUUGUCCGAGAAAUGGUAGGAGUCUUCUUACUUGCGCGACCGCCGAAACAUGAAUAAUAACGCUUUUCGAAGUCAUCAAGGCAGCUGAAAAAACCUGAGGCGAGGAAGACCAUUCAAGAGCAGUUGAAGGCCAUCAAACACGUCUACCAAACAUCUGAUUUGCUGCAAGAUUUAAGCUCUCUGAGAAAAUAUGAGUGCGACGGCACAAGUAUCGAAUUGGAGAUAUUACCGAUCAAGGAUGUACCAAAAGACGUUUUAAGAUGG